AUGAAAAUAAACACAUGGAUACAAUAUGUCGUAUUAUUAAUUUGUUUGAUAAUAGUUGCAGCUAAAGAUUUUUAUGAAAUCUUAGGUGUUAAACGAGAUGCAACUGAAAAAGAAAUUAAAAGAAAAUUUCGUCAAUUAGCUUUAAAAUAUCAUCCAGAUAAAAAUAAAGAUCCAAAAGCUGAAGAACAAUUUCGUACUAUUGUUGAAGCCUAUGAUGUAUUAAGUAAUAAAGAUAAACGUCGUGAAUAUGAUAUUCAUGGACAUCAUACAUUUGAUUCAUCAUCAAAUCAACAUGGUUCAUCAGAUUUUCAUUUUAAUAUGCAUGAUUUUUUUAAAGAAUUUGAUGAAGCAUCAGCGAAAUUUUAUGAAGCACAUCAUCGAGCACAUCAUGAAGCACAUCAACGUGCACAUCAACAAGCUCAUCAACGUGCACAUCAAAAAGCACAUCAACGUGCAGAACAAGGAUCUUUUGGUUUUGAUUUUGGUUCACUUUUUGAUGAUGAUGAUGAAAUUGGAAUGGAUUCAAAUGGUAUUUUUGGUACUGAUAUCAAUAUUGGUGAUUUAUUUGGAGGAUUUAGUGAUAGUUCUACUAAAGAUAAUGUUCAUAAACAUACAACAAGUUUUUCUAAACAUACACAUCAACAUUGUCAUACAAUAACACGACGUGAAGGUAAUACUGUAUCAACAUAUACAGAAUGCAAUUAA